UUAGAGCUGAUUCUCUGAACAGCGGCUGAUUUUAAACCAGUCUGUCUGGAGAGGGGAAAAAAACAAGAGGACAGAGAAUAAAGGCAUUAAGGAGUGAAGCUGACAGGGCAGUGACAGAGGAUGUGGCGAUAGGAAUAUGAUGAACCAGACUCACCGCUAUGGAGAGAGAGAGAGAGAGAGAGAGAGAAAAAAAAAAAACAGGAGACUUUACAGACAAAAUGGCUCCUAAAUAACGGCUUCACGGUUUCUUUGACAUUGGAAUUUACAUAGGACACAAGUCUGGACUCGGUAUUUUUUGCUUUAAUGUAACCUACCUUACUCUUCAGUACAAUACAUUGUACGUAGACCUUCAUUUUGUGGAUGUAAAAUGCUGCAGCGUGGCCUGGUUUAACAAGGACGGCUUUAUUAUAAGGUGAACUUUGCUGUCACCUGCUAUUUAUCGUCCUCAGUCAAGUCUUAGUACUCAAUAUUCAUCCCCAUGCUCUGUUUCCCUCCCAUUUCCGGUCUGUACUUUAUUAAAUGUCAGGCGUAAAGGCUCGUCGAACAUCUACAAGCAUCUGAUAUCUUCAGUAUAGUUCAUAAGACAUUUAUAGCACUGGUGUUAUUUUUGUCAGCAAAAUUAAUUAUUGAACUGAUUAUUGAGAAGACUGGAUACGGACCGGUUUUGAAGCUCAAAACCAAGUUUCGUCCUGGAAAAACUUCGCUCGAUACGAUCCAGGAUGAAGGAGGUGUGCCGGGUUUGCGCCCGCAAGCUGUGUGGGAAUCAACGGCGCUGGAUCUUCCAUCCAGCAGGAAGGUUACAGGUGCUGCUGUCGCACGCUCUGGGCCGCGAGCUGCGCCGGGAUGGACGUGAAGAAUUCGUCUGCAGCAAGUGUGCCUUUAUGCUUGAGCGUAUGUAUCGCUUUGACACGGUGGUUGCGCGUGUCGAGGCACUGUCCAUUGACCGCCUGCACAAGCUCCUGCUGGAGAAAGAUCGUCUACGACAAUGCAUCAGAGGAAUGUAUCUCAAGCACAAUAACGACGCAACAUCUAAGGAGAAAGAGUGCAUGGUGGAUAUGUCGAGCCUACCUGAUGCCAAGUACUGUGCUCUAGUUGAAGAAGACUUGAUGUAUUCAGUGUACGAGUCGUGGGCGGAGGAAGAGGAGCAAACGUUGGAGUGUAGCCAUAAUCCACAGUGUCAUGUAUCAGAAGUGUCCUCUCUCUGGCACCGGUCAAGAAGAUGCAGAGGCUGUCGUGCGCUCCGUGUAGCUGACUCAGACUAUGAGGCUGUGUGCAAGAUACCUAGGAAGUUGGCACGUAGCACUUCCUGUGGUCCUUCCACACGCUACUCUGAGACUACCAUGACAACAACAGCAUCAACUACCCUUGUCCCUGAGAGUCAUCUAACAGCAAGGGAUUCAUCAGACAGUGACAAGACUUUGGGAGGGAGGCCGGGUUCAAGCAACUCAUCAGAUUCCCUAACUUCCACUCUGGGUGCAGUGCCACUUGUUGGACAGGUGGAACAAGACAUAAGGGAAGAGCAGAACUGGGACUCUGUCUUAGAGCAGCACUUGGACCCCAAUUUAGACAGUGCGAGUGCAGCUAGCAAACUGCAGCUUGUGCUGUGCUUGGUUCAGAACUGCAUCUACAAACCUGUCCGGAUUCCCCAUGGAAGUAGGCUACCUGUUUUAAUUAAACCUGGGUGUGUGGAUACAGGAAUUAAUCUAGGUAACCCAGGACAAGCCCUAAGGACCCUCACUGAUCAGGCAGCCUUUGCACGAGAGAUUCCUCGGCCAUCAACAAUUCGUCUGGGCCUAGCAUUGGAGUUGGCUGAGCUGGAGGAGAUGUGGGAUGAUGUGUAUGAGGAGUACUUACCUUUCUGCUUGAAGAAGGUUAAAAAGAAGUCUCUGAUUGAAGAGCAGCAAUCCCAGCUGAACCAGUAUGAAUCUGCAGCAGGCCAGUGCGUCAGUGAACUGCAGAAGGCUCAGUUACAGGUUCAGUCUCUCCAAAGUAACAUCCAGGAGAGCGAAACCAGCAACAAGAAGCUGCAAGAAAAGCUGGGGGAAAUGGAGACUGAGCUGCGUUCUAUCAGACAGGCAGCUCAGAAUCAGGAGAGGACCAUAGAGAGCCUCACUGAAAGUCUUAAUACCAAGGAAACAGAGUCACGGGAGUUAUAUCAGGCUAUAGAAGGACAGAAUACCACCCUGUGUAAGCUCAGAGAAAUGGCCCAUCGCAAUCAGCUCCAGCAUUCACAGGUGGUAGAAGCGGGUGACCUGCAGGGUGAGGUGGUGGCACUGCAAAGCUCUCUUUUCUGCUGCCAGCUGGAGCUGGAAGCCAGUCAGCGAGCACAGAGACAGAGCCAGAGGGUGGCAGACGAUCUGGCCAACUCCCGUGACCGCCUGCACAGUGACCUAGAGGCGGCACUGCAGCACAGAGAGACCACCGAAAAGUACAACCAGGAUUUGCGCAGCACAGUUCAGCAGCUGCGCUCAGAGCUACAGGUGAAAGACGCUCAUCUGAAGGAGUGUGAGGCCGAUAAACACUCUGAGAUUUUAGCUCGAGACAAAACCAUCUCAGAGCUCCAGUUUGCACUAAGGGAGAAGGAGAGAAUUGUGCAGGAGUACUCAGAGCUGCUGGACCAGCCUGCUGAGUCUGGUCGACCCCGAGAUGCGCUGCUGGACAAACUAAAGAAUCGUAUUCGUGACCGAGACAAAGCUCUGGAGCGCUCUAUAGACGAGAAGUUCCACUGCUUGGAGGAGAAGGAGACUGAAGUGCGCAAGCUGCAAUUAGCACUUCGGGAAAAAGAGAGAGACCUCGAGAGACUGCGCUGUAUUUUGACCAACAACGAGGAGACAAUCACGAGUCUGGAUGGUCUGAUGCGCAGUAAAGAGCUGGAGUUGGAACAGGCUCAGGAAUCCUUCCGGAAGAUUCAGUGGCUCAAACAGCAAAGCGACGAGAAACACACAAUCACUUUGCGUGAGAGAGACAACAUCAUCGCACAGCUGCACACUACACUACAUGCACGCAGCAAAGAGACAGAGGACCUGACAGCGGCGUUGCUGGCUAAGCUCUCACCCAGCCCUAAUGAGGUGGUGGAGGAGCUCAAGUCACGUCUGGCACUGAAAGAGAGGCUCUUCCAGGAGAUACUGUCUGAGCGCAGCAGGCAGACUCAGGAACACCACACACUGAUCCAGGACCUGCUAAAUACGAUCAGCUCCAGAGACCAGUACAUCAAGGAGAAUGGCGAGAGACUGAGGCAGGUGAUAACUGAGCGGACCGGGCAGCUAAACGAGAUGCGCAGACAGCUCGCAUCAUGUGAACGGGAGCUCAGUGGAGUGACACGGGAGAGGGAGAGGGAGAGAGAAAGGCGAGCUCCACUGGCUAUGGAGAUGGAGAGACUUCAGAGUAUAUUGAGAGAGAAAGAAAUUCUUAUACAGGAUCUGAUGCAAAGUCAGGAAGAAGCACAGGCAACUUCAAUAUCAACCACACUAAGAUCGGGAGAUAGUAGCUCAGAGCUGGAGAUGCAGGCUGUUAAAGAGGAACUUCAGCUCGCCAUGAGGAAACACAAAGAGACAGAGCAGGAACUUUUGGAGUUAAGAUCUGCUUUGACCAAAAAGCCUGAAAAUCGCAUUAGCACUGACCCUCAGAGUGCUCUGAAGCAGUUGGUAUCAGAGUACCAGCAACUGAACCUGGCUCUGAGAGCCGAGAAGAAGCUUUACCAAAACCUGAACCACAUGCACUCCACAGAAGACAGCAUGGGGAAGACUCAGGCACUGCACAUGGAGCUGGACACAGUUCAGGCGCUGCGUGGACAGCUGGAAGAGGUCCUGAGCAGGACCCGAGACACAGCUUUGGCACUGGACAGGGCAGCUAAGGCCCACGCUGACUAUGGAGAAUUCAGCACAGACGAGGAUGAGGAUGAGAUUGGUGAUGAUGAAGAAGGCAGUAGCAGUGAAGAAUUCACCGACAGUAUAGAAGAAGAUGUGAAACUGACUGCUGAGAGUCUGGCUAUUACAGAGAAUGCUAGGGUUUCUGAAGGUCUGGUGAGCAGGACGAUAUCCCAGGAGGCCAUGAGAGGAGGAUGGCAGAAUGAGGUGAAGCAGAAGAAGGGAGAAGAAAGAGAGAAAGGAGAAGAGAAAAGCCAGCUCAGCCAUGCUGGAUGUACCUCACUCUCUCAAGACAGGUGUACUCAACCAAAACUGCAGGAGGAAAACCACAAGUUGGAAAUAAACGGAAGUAGAUCCGGAGCGGGUGCCGGACAGGAUUCCGGAUCCAGUUAUGGACCGGGAACAGAAAGUAACGUAUCUGUGAAGUGCAGAAGGUGGGAGCAAAGUGAAACAGACAGGCUGAACCUUCAUGACCAGCAGCAAACCCACAGGCAUAUGGAGGAAGAGGAGGAUGAAUAUGAAGAUGAAGAGGAAGAGGAGGACAUGCGGGCUCCUCAGGGGAAGCGUGGCCUCCCCACUGUUACUCUGAGAGAAGGAGCGGGGAAAAGGAGGUGUAACAGACCUCAUUCCCUGGACCUCGGAGUGUUGCUGACGACUCACAAAGCUAUGGAUGAAGAAUCCACAGCACAGGAGAAAGAAGGAGAAGGUUCUAGAGGGUUCUGGCAGCAUGUCGAGGCGGGACUACGAGAGCAGGCGGAGCGUCUCCGUAGCGACCUGGCUCUGAGCCGUCAGGAAAGCAGAGAGCUCCGGGAAAGACUGAUGGUGUCUGAGGCUACUGUACACGCACAGGCUGACCAGCUCAAAGAGUACAGAGAACUACUAACGGAGAGUGCAGUGCAGCAGGACAGUAAGCAGGUGCAGGUGGAUCUGCAGGAUCUGGGCUAUGAGACCAGCGGGCGCAGUGAGAAUGAGGCUGAGAGAGAAGACACCAGCAGUCCUGAGUUUGAUGAUAUGGAGCUGUAUAACUCUCUUUCCGGGCCGUCGUACAGCAGUGUUGGUAAAUCGUGGCACCAGCAUGGUGACGGUUCCCAGCCUGACGACUUGUUGGUGCAGGACCUGCGUGCACAGCUCUCCCGCUGUCACAAAGUGAUCCGCGGACUGCAGAUCCGCGUGCGUUCACUUUCCACUACCUCCGACUACGCGUCCAGCCUCGAGCGUACAUCACGCAAGGUGAACUGGGCCUUCCAAGAAUCUCCAGCCCACAGUGGUGUGGAGGAUGAUGAGGGCUGGCACUCGGAUGGACCAGUUGGACCACUGAAGUCCAAAAGGGACCUUCAGGAGCUGAUGUCUCGUGUGGCAUCACUGGAGAACCAACUCCGCAACAGCAAACUGGAAGAAAAAAGAGGCGCAGAGGAAGGACAGAGUGCUACAUGGCCUGGAAAAUACAACACGCUGGUACAGGCUCAGGCUCGGGAGUUGUCACACUUACGACAGAGGAUGCGGGAGGGACGAGGAAUUUGCCACAUCCUUACACAGCACCUGGGCGACACCACAAAGGCGUUUGAAGAGCUGCUCCGGGCCAACGAUAUCGAUUACUACAUGGGCCAGAGCUUCCGAGAUCAGCUUUCACAGAAUUCCUCACUCAUACAAAGGAUUAGCAUUAAGCUCACUGGACGAGAUCGCUCAGAAGUGCCGGAUGACAAAAUGGGCCACGAGUUAUUAGCUUUAAGGUUGAGUAAAGAGCUCCAACAAAAGGACAAGAUAAUCGAGUCUCUCCACACAAAGCUGCAGCAACGCCCUGACACGCCCUCCAGCAGCCACGCCCCCUCAGAAACAACAGACCAAUCUGAUCGCACUUCCUUUGUGUCAGAUGAAAGGGCCUCCAUAAAUGAGGAUCUGGAUCUGUGUUCUGAUGUGGAUGCCGUCAGCGAAUAUGCGCAGGAAGAACCUGCUCCUAGAGCAAAUGAUACAGACCGCCCCUCCUUUCUCCCUGUUCCUUCUUCUAUUCAGUCCCCUAACACCCCCUACAGACUGAAGGAUAGAAAGACAGGUACAGAGGGUGUCUAUUCUGCUCCCUUGUAUGGUUCUUUGCCCUUGGCCCAGACCCACCUCUGGUCCAACUCCUCAAAUAACUUAACCUCUGACCCAUUGCCCUUUUUUGGGCCAGUGACACCGCAGCAGCACCAGCAGGGUCUGCGCAGACCACCAAUCCGAAGUUUUAGUUUACCGCAUUCACUGAGCAGCUAUCCACUGAUGGGCUCGGUACUUCCUGAUCCCUCACAUUACACCCAGCUAUCUCAUCAUACCCUUCACCAGCCCCAAAAAUCAGAGAGCAGCCUGGUAGGAAGCAAUGCACCAUGGGACAUGGACAAUAUGGUUCAGCCAAUCAUAGGCUUCACUGGAGCACCUGGUUACCAGACAGGAAACAACCAUUCAGGUGUGGACCUGAUCGAGGAGCAUCUGCGUGAGAUCUGUGCUCUGCGCCAACGUCUGGAGGACUCCAUCAGGACCAACGAGAGGCUACGACAGCAGCUGGAGACUCGCCUGGCCAACGCUGCCAGAGAUGGAGCAGCACCCACAAAUAUCUACAUCCAAGGUCUGGACACUGUCACUCAGCUGUCCAAUGAGAUCCGAGUGCUGAAGGAGGAGAAUCUGAGUCUCCAGUCCAGGCUGCAGGCGAGCAGGGACAACAGUGAGGAGGUGGAGCAGUUGAGGGAGGCGGUACUGUCCGGGCGGGCGCGGCUGAAGCAGGCAGAGUUAGAGGCGGAACAGUGGAAGGAGGAGCUGAGGAGGAUACAGACGCACAGCUGUGAACAGAGUCAGCAGAUUCAGCAACUACGGCAAGAGAGGCAGAGCAACCAGGAUCACAACAACAGGUUGCAGCAUGAGGUGAGUCUCCUCCAGCAGCAGCUCUCCGAAAGCAGACAGCUGCUACAUUCCCUGCAGUGUGAACUCCAGCUAUAUGACAGAGUGUGUGCAGGGAGCAAGAGCACCUCCACAGGUUAUCUCUCUGGACUGCCGUACACCUCUGCUCCAGCUGUGGGAGAACUAAACCAGUUGCUGGCGGAGGUCCGGGCUCUACGGGCCCAGCUGGAGCGCAGCGUUCAGGAGAACAGCGCUUUAAGGAUACAGCUGCAGAAACAGCUGGAGCAACAAAUCAACUCCGCCAGCCUGGAGCAGAGACCAUCAUCCCUCAUACCAGCCAGCCCUCUUCGGGACGCUCUCUAUAGGAGGCAGCUGCUGCACGACCCGUCUCCUUCUCCUCCAGUGAGGGACGUUGGUCCUUUCCCUUCCGGUCCCCCGUGUUCUCCGUGUUCAGAGCUUGAGGAGAGCUCACUCACAGCUAACGACUCAAUGGAACCUCAUGCAGAUUUGGAAGGCGAUGCCUCCGAUGGUUCAUUCGCUAACCGGAACGGACGGCAUGCCAUUGGGCACGUGGAUGACUUUAGUGCUCUACAGCAGCAGGUUAUGGAGGGCAAAGGUCUGGUGCACAGGAUGGAGUCCAUGCUGAAUACUUGCCUUAACACUGCUCUAAUGGAGGUCAAUACAGGGAAGGCUCUGGAUUAUGCCAGUGUGAAGACUCUUUUAUCCAACACCAAGACUCUGAGGCAGAUUCUGGAGGAGGCCAUGUCCUUGCUUAAGAUGUUCUGGAGAGCGGCACUUCCUAGCAGUGACAGCCCCACCCAGUAUCUCCAGAAAGAGCAGUUGAUGAAAGAGGAGAUCCAGUCUCUGCGCAUGAGGAUAGCGGAGCAGGAAGAGGUCCUGCAGAACACUAUACAGAGACUGAGGAGCACCAGCCGCACUAAAGAGAGCAUGGAGACAUUCAUUGUCAGCCAACUGUCCAGGACUCGAGAUGUCCUGAAAAAAGCCAGGGCCAAUCUGGAGAAGAACGAGCUCAGGAUUUCUUCUUUAAGCUCCUCCUCUUCCUCCCUUUACCAUGGUCACGUCCUCAAAGGUGCGUUCCCAGGGUCUUCUGAUAGAGGUUGCGUGACCCCUGUGAUCGCCGUGGAAACCUUCAGUCCGAGACUCGCUAAGAAGCGUGCGAGGGAGUGCCUUCACUAAGCGGCGUCCUGAACAAGCUCCACCUCACCUUUUCACCCCCCUGCCUUAUCCUCUUAGAUAAUCUUUCCUCUCUCCUAUCUUCUUACACCUUAUCCCUUCUUACCCUGCCCUUAUCUUUUGCCUUGCCUUGGUGAAAAAACUAUACUUUGCCUUGUGAAGCGGAUAAUGCGCGUGUCCUGGCUGCUAUAGAAUAUAUACACGCGUUCAGGUGUGUGUUUUCAUAUUAGUGCAGUAAUACUAACCGGUUUGUUCUGAAUCAUUCACUCCAGGAGAACCUAGAAUUUAUACUGAAUGGGGGAAAUGGAGUAUUUAUGUUGCAGCUACACAUACUGCCAGUAAAUCCCGUUGAGAAACUCAGGGAUUUGAGGCAAAGAAACACUAAAAGCCACAUUUCCGAGUUGAGACAGAUCCUCAGGAUCGUAUUGUAUGGAUCUAACCGGUGCCUACUUUGAAGGCUUAAGCAGCCAUCACUGAAAACGUGCCACGUCUACUCACAAUAAGCUCUGAGUUAACUGACAAAGAGCACAGUGCACUAAAUCCAACACUUGUCAAGUUUAGCGGUGAAGCAUUAUUGUCCGGCACUCGCUGUCGGAGCCGUCGCUGAUUGUCGCUUUAAUCGAGCUCAUAAAAGCAUGUGCAAUGCAAUUGUGCCAGCGUUCACUGACACUGGAACUAUGUGUUUUAUAACAAUGAAAGACCGUCAGUGCAAUAUUAUGACUUGUAUUCUUACUCAUAUUAUCCUGUAAUACUACUGAAAUUGUUCUUGGACAGUAUUUGCAUGUGGGAGGUAGAGAAAAAACAGAGAAAUAUCACCUUUGUGUUGUGCUGUAAGGUGAGGUUCACCAAUACUUGCCAAAGUUUGAAUUCCUACUUUCCCUUUCGUAUUAUCUUGUCCGUGUCAUUAACCAAGACGCUGCUUAGAUUUUUUUUUUUAGUGCCAUCUUAAAUAAAAGUGACGUUUCGGACAGAGUGAUUCCUGUCGCUCGAUCACAUUUGAUUUUCGUCAAACUUAUUAAAAAUUGAGUGUGUGAAUUAGGACCAAACCAUGUUUCAGUAUUUCACAGCGAGGACACAAUAAAUGUUGGUAACAUCUUGUGAAAUUGGGCAUCAUAUACUGUAGAAUAGAGCGGGGAAAAAAUUGUGUGCUUAAAAUGCAGUAACAAACUUUGGCAAGGAUCUGGUGGGUCCAUAGUUAUGCUACUGAUGCCACGAAUAUAAGUAGCCCAUUACAGUUUGAGGUGUUCCUUAGCUGCUUGAGUAUUUUUGUUGUUUGUUUUUUUUUCCCUCUUGCUUUUUUAGUGCUGUAUAUAAUAUCACUCCAUACCACAAGUCAUUGUGCGGUUCUCGUCACGAUUUUUCUCUAUAUGCAAUGGUUCAGUAUUUGGGUAGCUGUGCAAUAUUUUUAAUCACAGUGUUAAUCUUCUCUUGGAGCGAAAUAUGCUACUUCUCGGCUCCUAAGUUGCCAGUGAAGCUCUAGUGUUAGCAGUUAUGCUAGUUCACACAAAGUCACAGGUUUUAAUGCCUGUUGUUAUAAACCUCAAGAUGUUGCUUUGCUUGCCUUUAAGUCAGAGAG